AUGGAAGAGUCUCCACGCAUAGGUGGAGGCUACUCAUUGACUUCUAGGGGUGGUGAAGAAUUCUUUCUGUGUCAUACUCCCCAACCCCACGACACUCACAAAGAAAAGCUUCAACACCCAAUCUCCACUGAUAGCGGAAAAAUCUUUGUGCCAGAUACCACAUGUGAUAAAAACAACCAACAUCGGGGAAAGCAGCAGAUCAAGGCAAGAUACUUAGAACUUCCCAAGGACUCGUAUUCUCGUCCCCCUGCAAGUGCACUAGAUGAAAUAUCUGAAAUCAAGUCGCCUUUAGGGUGCUUAGAUUCAUCCUCACUUCCUUCCGAAGUUUCACCUUUUUCUGUAUCUCAGACAAUGAUAGAGUCUUCUUAUUUGGUGGGGCUGGAGGGCGAAAGCGUGGAUGACGGUGACCAGGUUUAUGACACAAAACGACCUGAGGAGAUCAGAAAGGUCAAAGAACAUAACAGACCACAAAAUCAAGUUGGCACGGCCACGGUGGGCAUGAAGGGCGCAUCUCUUCCCACGCAGGGCCAACAGAAUCUAAAUACCUACCCGCGGCAACAGUUACCGGCAUCUUACCAUGAAUGGAUCGAGGGUAUUGUGGACAUCGCUACACAUGUGUGGAUGCCGCUUGGUCUUUUUACUUUUCGACCGAAUGCUGAGUUUCCCUUAGAUCUUGAUCACGGGGCUGCAGGGGAGUCAACAAAGGCAGUUCACGACUCGGAAUAUGGCAAAAUGUUUCUGUGCUGCCUCCAGGAUUUUUACUCCCACGUGGUGCAAGAAGGGACCUAUCCCUAUCCUGGGAUCAUGCGGAUUUCCAAUGGUCUGUUUCAAUUGCUUUUUAAUACCGUCUUCUAUUGUCUUUUUCUUCUUGAUUUGCAUCAAUGUCCUGCUUAUGACACGAAAAGCAAUCCCGAAGUGAAUCCACAUGGCCCAAAGAACACACACGGGGUAGGGUGUGCCUCUGGUAGCUCGACGGGCCCAGACCGCCCCCCCUCUUUAGUGCCCGCGCCGUUGUCAUGGACUAAGACUACAGCUUCACACUCUCGGACAGAUAAUUCCAGAGGGCCAAGGGAGGAUCCAAGGCGGCGGUGGCAGCCGAACCCUUCCGUAUCAAAUCGAAGUUCUUUAGUGGGCGAUAAGACCCCUGGUGGUGUGCCCAAAGUUCAACCGCGACGUACGCAUCAUUUCUGCCGCAAUGACUCCAUCCAUGACUCACUGAAAACAUCAGAUUUGAAUGCCCUCGAUGAAUCCUAUGCUAGGUGGUUGCGCGUUCCAUUGUCAGUACUGGAUUGGCGCUUGCUUGUGCGUUGUCUUGCGCAGAUGGGGUAUAAACGGGAUCAGUUUUACAUUCAAACCCCCACUCACGCAUCGCCACACGAGUUGCUGCUCGUUAUGCUUUGGUUGACGAAACAAUAUCAACUUGUUACUGUAGCCGAGUAUGUUGAAAUAAACCAACGGUACCCUUUUCUCCUUCGCUAUCAUACCGCGACGAGUGAUAGUGAGGGGAGCCCCUUGCUUGAUAUAGCCUUAACCAUGAAUCAGGAACGGCUGCUAUUUUCCUUUUCCAAGUCUACUGUGUGGCCACCUGCAAGCUUUGAUGAAAGCGCGAUCAUUACCCACCGCCUGCGUCAAAUCGAGCGAAUACUUGGCGCCGAGAGAUCCGAAAAGUGCAUGCCUCAACUCGUUCCACAACAAGGGCAACAUUGUGCGGGAGGAGUGGAAAAGACUGUCCUUCGAAGAGUGCUUUCAGUACAGAAUUUAAUCCAAAUGUCUUUGAAUCGCUUGGAACGCGCUCUCCAGCAGCGCAACGAGUUGAUUUCUUCCUUGGGUCCACACAGUUAUCUGGAUGCUCAACUAUGCACCUAUGAAAAUCACAAUCUUUACGUGAGGGUCGUUGAGGGACUUUCCCACCUGUUAGCGAUGGAAAAGCGUGUUCUCCAACGCAGCAGAAGCUUGUGUGCAGCGGGAUUGUUGUUAUCCUUUGUCAUAUCGCAUCAAGACCCGCCCACUCAUGUCACCGACUGGGAUGUCGUGGAGUCGUUAGAAGGCGACGCCGCGACAUGGCUUGCUAAUGGGUACGACAAUGAACAAGACGAGGUAAAGGGGUAUGACAAAACAAAGACGAUACCCGCUUCCCUGGGGCGUUUGGAGGCAGUAAGAAGAGGUCAGAUGCGUCACACUACAUUGAGCCAAGCCUCUGCAAACGAAGAGGGUGACCGAAAUACGGAGCUGCUGAGCCAUACAAUUUCACAGUUCCGUGCGGCACGUAUCAAAGAGCACCUUGGGAGUAUGUGGAAGUCUAUGGUACGGAGGGCAAAAAUCCAUGCUUCUCCGGAGGAUUCCACGUCUAAUAGUUUGUGUUGUGAUGGUUCAACGGUUUUGUUAUCAGAUGAAGCCCAAGCUAAGAUUGAGCUUCAUGUGAAGCAUCAUAUUGAUCGUUAUUACUCUCUUCACGCUGCGCUUGCGGCAGAAUUACUAAUCUUCCAGUGCCAACAUCAACAGCAAAUUCACAGUUCGCAGGAUAGAAACCCACUUGAUGAUUCUCAUAGUAGCACCUACGGCUCUUCCUUUUUUGGCAAUCAAAGCAGCACUGUUCAGCCGUAUAGAGGCGGAAAUGGAACUUCACCAUUACCGCUUAAUAGCUCUGGAGUGCCCUUAGCUGUGCCACUAUUAUUCACCACCACCACAUCCACACUGCCGUCUGAUAUUAGUGGUGCGACCGAUUCAACAUAUAAAGGUACGCCGCUAGGAGACUACGACAUUCAGCCAGUUGAGAUUGGUGAUCCAGGACCAGGUGCGACGACCUCGGCAAUCAUCGAAUUUGAGCGCAUAUCGCGAAUUCUUGAGGAAACAAUUCAAGAGUCUAAAAACCAACGGGAUGAACGGGUUGCUUUUUGUCGGGAAUCUCUCAACCAUCUCCGUCGUGUUUACAACUUGCGAAUGCUUACAAAGAUUGAUCAGGGUUGAGGCGGAUGAGCAGAAUGUUUUAUUCCUUAAUCUGUUUUUCUGGAAUUAUUUAAUCCCGGAUUAUGGAAAAGGCAGAAGGCUCAAUGCUUAUUUUAUAAAAUCUAGCU